AUGAGCCCUCCACAUUAUUCUUUACCCAAUACAGAGAUCACUUGUGCUAAGCCUGGAGCAGGUACUAACACAAAAGCAGUGUCUGGUGGACGAAGGAAGCUUGACCAGUAUUAUACCUAUUCCUGCAAAGGCGGCUACACCGCCACCUCUAAUAAACUGAAGACCGUCUGUGUAGAAGACGGUGACGCAAGCUCUGGAAAGUGGUCUGUACCUCCACCCACUUGCAAAGAGAUCACUUGUGCUAAGCCUGGAGCAGGUACUAACACAAAAGCAGUGUCUGGUGGACGAAGGAAGCUUGACCAGUAUUAUACCUAUUCCUGCAAAGGCGGCUACACCGCCACCUCUAAUAAACUGAAGACCGUCUGUGUAGAAGACGGUGACGCAAGCUCUGGAAAGUGGUCUGUACCUCCACCCACUUGCAAAGAGAUCACUUGUGCUAAGCCUGGAGCAGGUACUAACACAAAAGCAGUGUCUGGUGGACGAAGGAAGCUUGACCAGUAUUAUACCUAUUCCUGCAAAGGCGGCUACACCGCCACCUCUAAUAAACUGAAGACCGUCUGUGUAGUAGACGGUGACGCAAGCUCUGGAAAGUGGUCUGUACCUCCACCCACUUGCAAAGAUUUAUUCCUUGCGUGGAAGGACCUGCAAUUGUAG